GUUGGACUUGGAUGCGCUUAGGAGUAGGCGCUUUUAUACUCGAUCCUGUGAGAUGUCGUCCGACCGCAGUUCAAAGUGUCUUAUUACCCUGAUGACAUUUCUCGCUUUAAUUUCCCAAAGUUUCGGAAAUUUGUGGGAUAGGACCCAAACUCCGACCUCCACGGAAAUCCAAUCACAAGCAGUGGCCGACCUCAUUAGCCGUCUUCUUCCGGAGCGGGCACAAGAGUUUGAUGUUAAAGUAGAGGCUGGUCAUCCAGCAGAAGAAAAUGGAUACUUCCAAAUUACCAAAACGAGAGAGAACGCUACGGUUUUCAUUCAAGGAUCAACCGGUGUAAUGGCAGCUUGGGGAUUUCAUUUUUAUUUAACUCAAUUUUGUCGUUGCCAAGUUUCCUGGGAUGCAGAUCAGUUGAACUUACCUGAUGUUCUACCAGAAGUCUCAAUGCGAGUCAACUCUCUAGACAAGGUUCGGUACUAUCAGAACACAUGCACAUUCAGCUACAGUUUUGCUUGGUGGCAGUGGCCGCGAUGGGAGCGCGAAAUAGAUUGGAUGGCCAUGAACGGAAUUAAUUUACCUUUGGCCUUUACUGGGCAAGAAAUCAUUUGGAAGCGGGUUUAUCUAGGAUUCGGCCUCGAAGAAGAAGAUCUUGAUGAGCACUUUUCCGGACCGGCUUUCUUUGCUUGGCAACGGAUGGGGAACUUUCGUGGAUGGGGUGGUCCGCUGAGCGAUAACUGGUUGAAUGAAACGCUUGUUCUUCAACAUAGAAUACUGGAACGGAUGCGAGCCUUUGGAAUGAUACCUGUGCUCCCAGCAUUUGCGGGUCAUGUUCCUCGCGCAAUGGAAAGUGUUUAUCCUAAUGCAAGUUAUACGCGUUUAACGUCUUGGCUGAAUUUCGAGGACAAGUAUUGUUGCCCCUUGUUCAUUCAGCCGACCGACCCGCUGUUUACUGAAAUUGGAUAUCGGUUUAUGGAAGAGAUGAACCUGGAAUUCGGCACGGAUCACGUAUACAGUUGCGACGUUUUUAACGAAGUGCGACCUACGUCGCCCGAUCCCGGCUUCAUUUCGUCAGUGGGUGCUGCGAUUUUCAAUGUCAUGUCAACAGCAGACCCUGACGCCAUAUGGCUAAUGCAAGGCUGGUUGUUUAAGCAUGACGCAACGUACUGGACUGCUGACCUAGCAAAAGCUCUACUGACAUCUGUACCCCAAGGACGGAUGCUGGUCUUGGAUCUUCAAGCAGAACUGGAUCCACAGUACAUCCGGCUCGAUUCAUUUUAUGGCCAGCCAUUUGUGUUUUGUUUGCUACAUAAUUUCGGAGGAACUUUGGGUCUUAAUGGAGCUGUAACUACACUCGCUAAGCGGGUCGUUGGUGCAAGAAAUUUCCCCAAUUCAACUAUGGUAGGGACAGGUCUGACUAUGGAAGGGAUUGAUCAAAACUAUGUCGUUUACGACAAAAUGCUUGAAUUGGGUUGGAGGAGUCAAGUUCCAGACUUAAAUCAGUGGUUUGACGAGUAUACCGUGCGGAGGUAUGGGGUUAACAAUUCAGCGGUUAUGACUGCCUGGAGAUACUUACAGCGGAGCGUGUAUAACGCAUCGCACGAGAUGACCCGUAAUAGGUACAUUGUUCUCACUCGUCGACCUAGUCUAGUCUUCAAACCACCACCACCGAUGUGGUACAGUCCUCAUGACGUAAUUUUAGCCUGGGACGCAUUUGUUCUCGGUGUACAGACCGAGCCAUCAUUGAUGAACGCAUCCAACUACCGCCACGACAUCGUUGAUCUGACGAGACAAGCACUCCAGGAAAUGUUUCACCUGUUAUACAACAAGCUCUUGGUCGUUUACAUUGAGAAGAAUGUUACCGCUAUCGGAGAAGUUGGACACACUAUGAUUGAUUUAUUGCAAGACUUGGACGAGCUACUACAAACAGGAUCUAAAUUCCUCUUAGGCAAAUGGAUCGCCGAGGCUAAAUCGUGGGGGAUGACAGAAGAGGAAAAGCUGCAGUACGAAUGGAAUGCUCGAAAUCAAAUCACGCUCUGGGGCCCUCGAGGAGAGAUUCGAGACUAUGCAGCGAAACAAUGGGCAGGUGUUGUAGCUGAUUACUUUAAGCCUCGCUGGGAGCUGUUUAUUCAAGAAAUGCAAACUUCUCUGAACGAGAAAAGACCAUUCAACAAAAAGGCGUUUGAAUUGGCAGCGUUUGCAACCGUUGAAGAACCUUUCACGUUUAGCACGAAAUUUUACACAGAUGAACCGAUAGGAGAUCCGAUAGUUAAAGCGGCGACGCUAUACAGCAAGUGGAAGAAAAUCUACCAGCGUGACAUUGUGAACGUAUCUUCAAACUUUCAACAAUUGAAAUCUGUUAAACGCCUCCCCACUACCAGAAGUAAACAACGCAAACAGCAAUUAACGAGUACUAGCACCGCUUGGCCAACUAUCACAGUUCAAUAAUUACGUAAAACUGAUUUUUUUUAGUAACAAACCCAUACAAUACGUCGACCCGAUACACAUCGAUGUGUUAACGUACAUAUAAUCUCACCUGAUAAUAGCCACAAUAAACAUA